CGUGGUCGGCUCGUGUACACAGAAGCUAACACAAACAAAUUCGACCGUGACGCUUUGAACGCACAUGCGCAGAGGGUAGCUCCUCUACAAAAUGCGACAUCACGUCGUAAGCACAAGUGAGCCAGUCAAACAUCGCGAUACCACAACAAAUACGUCAAAAAUACCCGCAAAUUACGAUAGUUCUUUACUACCAAGCUUUAAUCUUUCUAAACGAAGUCAGACAGUUCGAGAAUUAAAACACACGCACGCGCGGCCCCAUACCAAUACGUAGUGCUUUGUGAUGUAAACAUGAACGAACGCAAGAUCCUGCUGUUUCUUCUCUCCGUGGUCAUAUACUGCAUGUACAGUAUGCAAAUGUGGCUAAUGAAAAACGACGUGCAGUCAAUCGAAAAACCAGAUGAGAUUAUAAACGCUGCGUCGAUUGAUUUACGAAAGAACGUCACCCAACUAAAACGUGAAAAGAAAAAAGGUGUUCCAUUACAGUUUAAAAAUGCAUGCAGUAUUCUACAAAUUUUCACCGAGAAGCCCGAAAUAGAAUAUAAAAAUAAAAAAGAUAAAACGUAUGAUGAAAAUAGUAUAGCCGUCAUAGGUUUGAUUGCUUUUUUGGCAAUUCUACUUUUGAAUGCUAUUGUCGAUGUGAUCAAAGUUAAAGAAGAGGAAAGAAAGAAGCAAAAGCUUAAUAAAGAUGGUGAGAGACGACAAUCUUUAGCUGAAUUUGCUAAUAAAAAAACACUGCGUCGCGAAUCGAGCAAGUUUAGCCUACAACUGUUUCAAAUAGCUGAAUCUUUGGUGGGUAACGGAGAAGAGAAGAAAACCAGAAGACAAAACAGGCCUUACACUAGAGGAGAAUCUACUAAUUCUUACUUGAGUGAGAAGAAGACACACACAGAUGUUUCAGCAUCUGCAUCUAUUGGAGAGACGUCUUUAGUUGAGCCCAGACUAGUGAAAAGAAAAUCUGUUGCAAAACUAUUCGGUCUGUCUGACGACUGAAUAAGACGUACAGGGGGUCGUCCAGUACCGAUGGUACGUCGUUCUUCGUUUCCUGCGCUUCCCUUGAACCCUGAGAUCCAGGCCUUGAUGCUCGGAAACCGACAAUCGUCAGUUGACAGUGACGAUGAAGGCGAAGGAAAAGGAAGACGAGUCAGACUCAUUCGUAGAUAUUGAUUUGACGAGUUUUGUUACAACAAAACGUAAGAAUGAUAAAUAAAUAGGAUACUAUUAGGAUACUAUUUAUCUAAUUUGCGUCAUUACUGGUGGUAGGACCUCUUGUCAGUCCGCACGGGUAGGUACCACCGCCCCGCCUAUUUCUGCCGUGAAGCAGUAAUGCGUUUCGGUUUGAAGGGUUGGGGCAGCCGUUGUAACCAUACUGAGACCUUAGAUCUUAUAUCUCUAGGUGUGUGGCGCAUUUACGUUGUAGAUGUCUAUGGGCUCUAGUAACCACUUACCAGCAGGUGGGCUGUGAGCUCGUCCACACAUCUAAGCAAUAAAAAAAAUGGUUAACAUAAUAUUAAAAUAUUUCAUUUAAUUUCGCAAAAAUUUUCACCUGUGUUAAUUAAGAAAGGAACGAACAAAUUUAGACUGAGCCGGUAAAAUCGAUACGAUUUUAGUGUCUAAUUCUCGGAGCAGUAGUAUAAAAAAAAUCGUAUCGUUUUAUUUUACACGAUGCGAUUUAUUGGUGCAUUUUAAUCUUGACUACAUGAGGCUCUUUAUAUCUCGAUUUUCUUGAAUGGUAUGGCAUGACUGAGCAUUUUAGUAUUUAUGACCUACUGGUUUUGGAAAAAAAAAUUACCUUUAAAUCUGCUACACUAGAACACUCCCAGUAUUUAUGUAAUGUUAAUAUUACUUACUGUCUUAGUAAAGAUAACUUUAGAAGUCGCGGGGUGCAUAUAGAAUCACAUUUUAAAUAUACAUUAAAUUAAAGACCAUUCAUGCAGAUUAUUACUAAAAAAAAUUAUCGUAUUUUCUUCGUUCGUUCUAGUCAGCUGCGUUUUAUUUUAAAGCAAUUGUCAGGUCUUAAUCAAAAAAGGUUUUUAAUCUAGAAUCGAAUCAUCAAAUUUAAUCAUGUUUAGUAUUCUGUGUUAUCGGCUUUUUUUUUUCAGUAACAAUUAACUAACCCUGUACAAAGUACACUUUUUAAAACAUAAUUAAUUUAGGAUUGUUACUCUGAACAUUUUUAUAAACUUUCUAAACUUCCUUUGUGUAGUUUUGCAUACUGACAAUUUCCAAAUUACUUUUUCCCUAAUCUAAUGAUUUUAGUAUUAAGUUAAAACAAUGUAUUUUUUAAACCAAAGAAUAAUAAUAAUGAGUGAGUUUCAUUAAUUUAUGUUAAAUAGACUAGUAUAAUAAAAAAAUCAGCGAUGAAUUUACGAAUUGUUUUUAUUUUAAAUGGUUAUCUUAAACGACUGAAAUUAUUAAAGCUUAGAAAACAUAUCGCGUUUUUAAAUAUUUUAAAUUUAAAUCGGAAUAUAGGGAUAUUCAUAUCUAUUAAUUAUAUACUUUUAAAAGAAAUCUUUGUCUUCAAAAGUCUGAAACUAUACUGUAUACCUUUAGGUAUGUAAUUUUGUAAAUGUGUGCACAUGACUCGUACUAUUUUUUAAGGUAGAGAUAAAUACUGUCUCUUAAAAUACCUAUGGUUAAUUAAUGCACUUGUUGAGUGAAUAAAGAAAAUGAAAGUAACGAAAA